AUGAGCUCUAUGGGCUACAGAUCGACUACGGUAAAGGGGCUCAAACAACAAUUGAAGGCGCCCGAGGAAGAUGGAACAGAGCAAGACCUGGAGGAUUUUUUUAGAAGCUUGACUGACAAAGUAAUCAUCAGGUGGGCGGAUGGAGGUGAUGUGGGUUACGUUCUAGAAGAAAACGCGGAGCCUGAGAUAAAGGAGCCUGAUCCAUUGACAGCUGCAGAAGAGGCAGACGCCAGAAAAGUCAAAGCGUACGAUCGGUUGAUGGACAAAUACGAAGAUCAGAAGGACGCUUUUCGGGCUAACACUGUCGCUAUGUUUCAGCUAAUCAUGAGCAACGUGACUAGGACAAUGCGAAACAAGAUCAAGUCUACUGAUGGCCAUCUGGCCGCCAGCAAGAAUAAAGAUAUGGUUUGGCUCAUGAGCACCAUUGAGGACAUCGUCUCGGGAUAUGAAGAAGGAUUUGCGCCCGCAGAGCUCGCGCUUGAUGACGCGCUCGAGCAGAUCUUCAAGAUGCGUCAAAAGGGAAGCGAAUCAAAUGAAGCUUUUGUGAAGACUACUAUGUUACGAGCCAUCAAGGCUUACGAAGGCCGUGGAGGCCCAUUUCUGUGGACUCCGGCGAAGGAAAAGGAGCUCAAGACAGCUGUGGAAGCUGCCAAGAGCAAAUUCACCGCAGCAUCGGCCACAGGGACCGAUGUUAUGACCACGGAACAAGAAGAUGACGUCCGACGCUUCAAGAAAAAGAUGAUUAAGGAUCGUAGCAUUGCCAUGUCAAUCCUUAAGCGGACCAACAAAGAGCGUUUUGGUGACCUGAUGAAGGAGCUCUCUAACCACUAUCUGAAGAAGCCCAACGGAACCCCACAGGACGGAUUUCCUAAAGACGUCCCUGGAGUUUUGAAACUUCUGGAAAAUUGGAAGCCGAACGAUGUCGCCCGACGCGGUUGCGGCAAUAACAAUAAUAGCGCAAGACAGCCCUCAGCAAGAACAGAAGCGAAUAGGAAUCCUUUGGUUUCUUUCGCCCAGACAGCUGGUGAAACGGGACAAGUUUAUUUCUUUCGGGGAACCAACGGCUUGUUCUACGCCUGUCGCCUGUGUUAG